UCUGCGCUCAAAAACCUAACUUGCCGGCUAGGUUGUCUCAGUCGAUAGCCUAUCCCGGGACCUACACGAUGAGUUUGGCGGAGAGCAGAGCCCCACGUAAGACUGCGGGAAACCGUAUGUCUGGCCUCCUUGAUGCGGAGGAGGAAGACGAAUUUUAUAAGAAUACGUAUGGUGGUUUCAAUGAGGAGUCCGGUGAUGACGAAUAUAAUGAGGAGCGCUCAGCAAGUGAGGAUGAAGUGGACUCCGAUUUCGACAUUGAUGAGGGGGAUGAACCAACCAGUGACCAUGAGGAAGAUGAGCCCAAGAGAAAGCGUAGGAUGGUCACUAAAGCUUACAAGGAACCGAUUCAGCUUCUGAAACCUAAGCCAAAGAAACCAGAAGCUCCAUCAAGUAGUGGCCAAAAGACCCGUCAGGAGAAGGCAGCUCCUCAAGAGCCCCCCGAAGAUGCUGGGGACAGUCGUAAGCACAUGCGCCAGUCCACGACAGAACACACACGCCAAACUUUCCUACGUGUCCAGGAAAGGCAGAUCCAGUCUAAAAAGAAGAAAGGACCUCACCCUGACAGGCCAUUGACACAGGAAGAGCUGUUAGAGGAGGCUAAAAUCACAGAGGAGAUAAAUAUCCGUUCUCUAGAAAAUUAUGAAAGGCUGGAAGCUGACAAGAAAAAGCAAGUUCAUAAGAAGAGAAGGUGUGUUGGUCCCACCAUCCAGUACCAUUCUGUAGUAAUGCCUCUAAUUACUGAGAUUAAGGAGGAGAACGUGGACAUUGAAGGGUUGGAUCAGGAGCAGACAGGUGACCCCGCACACUCCUCCAAAGCAGCGUCUGCAAGUAAAUGCUCCCGCACUUUCAUCACAUUCAGUGAUGACGAAACAUUUGAGAAGUUAUUCCCCAAAUCCAAGCAAGCCAAGUUCCCAGUGAGAGAGCUGUGUCCUGUCACCCACAAGCCAGCCCAGUACCGGGAUCCCAUCACAGACAUACCCUACUACAAUGCCCGGUCAUUCAAAAUAAUCCGAGAUGCUUACAAGAAGUACAUCACCGCUCACGGCCUGCCUAAUGCUGCCAUGGCCGCUGCUAUGGGCACUGCCGCAUCUGCUCCCGACCCGAACCAACGCAGCACCCGACAGAAAAUCAUUAUCAAGCAGAGUGUUGCAACAACAUAACAUUUUGAUCUUACCACUGAAGUGGAUCUACCACUUUACGCAUUGCAAGGUAUGAAAGUAAGAAACUGUGCCACAGUAUACAAUUCAUCCUUUGGCCAAUAUGGGGAAUUCUGUGUUUAAAGACAAUGUAUUACAUUAUUAUUUAACUUUUCACAAAUGCUCAAUUUCUUUUUAACCUUUUUGGAUGUGAAAUUAAACAUGCAGGACACCUAGCCCAAAUACUUUUCAAAGACUAUAUUGAAUUAAGCCUAUGCAAUGACAGUUGGCUGACAGAACAUUGGCUAUGUCACAGUUUGUUGUUUUGGCAUUUUGGGUAACUUUUUACCAUUGUAAGGAAGCUGUGCAGGGCAUUCAUUUGCUACUAAAUUCAUGAUUUCAGUCUCAAAAUGCAAGGAUCCCUGACAGACAUGAGUAAAACACUGCAAUUAAAUCAUU